AUGGACUGCCAAUCAAGCUCGGGUUCAGAAAUUGUGACAAUUGAUAUUCAUAAAGCUAAAGAUCUCCUCCAUUCGGGUCAUCAGUAUCUCGAUGUCAGGACUGAAGAAGAGUUUAAGAAGGGGCAUGUAGAGAACUCUUUGAACAUUCCUUACAUGUUCAACACCAAGGAAGGCAGAGUAAAGAACCCCAAAUUUAUGGAGCAGAUUUUAUCAGCUUGCAAGAAGGAAGAUCAUCUUGUGGUGGGCUGCCAAAGUGGUGUAAGGUCUGUAUAUGCAACUACUGAUCUUCUUAACGAGGGGUUCAAACAUGUGUAUAAUUUGGGAGGAGGCUAUGCUGCAUGGGUAGAGAAUGGUUUUGCUGUGACGAGGCCAAAAGCAGAGCUGUAA